UGUGGAAGUACACGAAAGUUCCGCCUGCCGGGUCUCUGUCCAUGGUGUUGCUGUGAAAGGGGAGAGGCGGCUGCUGAAGCGGUGAAGUGGGAAGCAAUCUCUUGGGUAGCAGCUGAGCUCGAUCUCCUUUCCACCCUUAAAAAUAAUACAUUACAGAAUGGAAAGGAGUUGAGUAUUGUCUUUGAUUCUAUAAUGAUAAAAAAUGUUCCGGAAAGGAAAAAAACGGCACAGUAGCAGCAGUUCACAAAGCAGUGAAAUCAGCACUAAAAGUAAGUCUGUAGACUCUAGUCUUGGUGGUCUUUCAAGAUCUAGUACAGUUGCUAGUCUAGAUACGGACUCUACAAAAAGUUCAGGUCAAAGUAACAGCAAUUCAGAUACUUGUGCAGAAUUUAGAAUUAAAUACGUUGGCGCCAUUGAAAAACUGAAACUUGAUGAAAGCAAGACUUUGGAGGGGCCGCUGGACUUGAUAAAUUACAUAGAUGUGGCACAGCAAGAUGGAAAGUUACCCUUCGUGCCAGGGGAAGAAGAAUUUAUAAUGGGCGUUUCCAAGUAUGGUAUUAAAGUCACAACUUCAGAUCAGUAUGAUGUCUUGCAUAGACAUGCGCUUUACCUAAUUGUGCGGAUGGUCUGCUAUGAUGAUGGCCUGGGGGCCGGAAAGAGUUUACUGGCUUUGAAGACGACUGAUGCAAACUAUGAAGAAUACAGCCUUUGGAUAUACCAGUGUAAUAGUCUGGAACAAGCACAAGCUAUUUGUAAGGUAUUAUCAGCAGCCUUCGAUUCAGUUUUGACAUCCGAGAAGUCCUGAAUUUCUACAGCUGCCUUUCAUACUGAGAAAGAAGUACUGCUUGCUGUGACUGUGUAGAAAUUGGAAACUAAAGCAAGUAUUUUGAAUGGAACAGAUGUGAACUUCUAAUUUUAUUUUUUUUUUACUGCUUGAGCAUACUGUUCAAAGAAGCAAGGUUGGUUUUUGUUUUUUUUCUAAAUAAAACUUGCUCAUCAAGUCUGUGUGAUGAAGAAAAAUCAACUCAGCCACGAAACUCAUUGGGUGACUUCAGGCCAGUCGUUCUCUUGAUCAACCAAACCUACCUCGCAAGGUGGCUGUGAGAAUAAAGCGGAAACCAGAUGUGCUGCCUUGAGCACUUUGGAGGAAGGACGGGAUAAAGAUAUAAUAAUGUAAGAGCCCAACCAGUUCUUACCAUUGUACGGUCAUGCUAAGUCUCAUAAAUGAAAUUAAUAUUAAACCUUAGAUUUUUGGCAUAUGUUA